GUGGUAAUGUUGACUCAAAAUUCGCGGGACAGUUGGUCAAAUAUUCAAAUUUUGCACUUAUUACGGCCAUAAGUCCCGCGGCGCCUCUAGUCACUAAGUGCAUUUCAACCCAACAUGCGGCUUCCACUACGUCUCUUUCGCUUGCUUUUGGCUUUCUUCUGCGUGCAUGAAUGGGUCAUAAGUGGAGAGACAUUGCUGAAUGCCGAGGAACUAGGCGUUGAGCGGCUCAUCGCUAGACGAGCACCGUCUACCAUCGCAGAAGAAAACAUUGCUGCCCAAGUAGAGUUUCAGAUGUUAUCUCGACGAGCUCCUGAGCCGCUGCCUCAAAUGAGUAGAGGUAGGGCGCGCCUUCGAAACAUUCUCAAAAGAGUGCAAAGCAUGGCUCCUCAGGCUGGACAGGUGACCCUGGCAAUGCUGAAAACUGCUUUUCCUGCGGUCGGCGCAGUAGUCCCUGGUAGAAAGUAAGGCAGAGUUGCUGACGAUCAGGUUGCCUAUGGGUUCCUGCCAAUCACCUAAGUGCCUCACUGCCUCAGUGUUUGUUAUAUCAGCUUGAACUGAGAAAUAAACUAAACGAGACAAAUCAUCUAAACCUUGGGAUUUUUUUAAAACGAGGAGCUAGAAUUAUAGUUGGACUUUAUAUUGGGGGGGAAAAACAAGUUUAUACUUCGACUAUUGGGGUUGUUUUGAGAUGUCUGCCAGUGCGAAAACACUGUUCGUUUGAAAAAAAUUAACUAUAAUGCUUGGAAAUUUUUUUGUCAGAUUUUUGAAAACCAAUAAAGGCACUUACUACUCUUUCA